AUUGGAAGUGAUGUGGGAAGCUGGGCUUUGUAAUGGGGGGAUAUUAGCACAAAUACACUCACACCUGCACACUCUCACACUCACUCUCACACCGACGCACUCUCACAGUCACUCUCACAUCUAGAUACUCUGAAACUCACUCUCACACGUAACAUACGCACUCUCAAACGCACACUCACACACGCUCACCGAGCCAGGAAGCCGGCAGAUGAAAGCAGCUGGUGCUUCUAAUGCGGAGGAAAUGUAAGGUAAUACACAUCGGUGCUAAAAAUAGGGAAUAUCAUUACUCAAUGAAGGGCAGGCCAGGACGGAAAGUAGAGCAGGGGAAGAAGACUGUGACACUGACUGAGUGCGGCUGUAUUUACUGGCCCACUCCUGCGGCUGAGCUCACAGUGUUCGGGCGCUGUAUGUAACUCCGAGAGAGUGUCCGGUCGGUUGGUCGGUCGGUCAGUCACUGGGAAGUGUUGGGCAGCACAGAUGGAGCGCGGGUUCCUGGCGUACAUCCCGGAGGAUUACGGGAAAAGCAGCGAAGGUGACUUGGGGUUCAGGGAGCAGCCUAUCUUCAGUGCUCGAGCUCACGUGUUCCAGAUUGACCCGGCCACGAAGCGCAACUGGAUUCCGGCGAGCAAACAUGCCGUCACCGUCUCCUACUUCUACGACAGCAACCGCAAUGUGUACCGUAUCAUCAGCGUGGGCGGCACCAAGGCGAUCAUCAACAGCACCAUCACCCCCAACAUGUCCUUCACGAAAACCUCCCAGAAGUUCGGCCAGUGGGCAGACAGCCGGGCCAACACCGUGUACGGCCUGGGCUUCAGCUCCGAGCAACAGCUAGCGCAGUUUGCCGAAAAAUUCCAGGAGGUGAAGGAAGCGGCUCGAUUGGCCAGAGAGAAAUCCCAGGACAAAAUAGAGCUCACGAACCCCGCCCUGGACAUCGCUGCCCCACAGGACCUGUCCUGUGGGGGCCUUCACUCCCCACCGCUGCCCCCGGCCAGCGCCAAUGGGCCCGGGGGGCAGAAGCUGUACCGGGGGGAGAGCAGCGACGGGGAGGGGGUGCUGGACGGAAUACGGCUCAAGGCCAUGUUCUCCCAAAGCUCGGUGUGCGAGCCGCAGUGGGAGAUGGAGCUGUUUGGGCUGCAGGAGAGCAAUGCCAAGCUGGUGCAGGCCCUACACGAGUCCAACGUCAACGUGGAGCAGUGGAAGAAGCAGCUCUCGGCGUACAAGGAGGAGACGGAGAAACUGCGGGAGAGGGUCACGGAGCUAGAGUUACAGGGGGAAGACGCCAACACAGUGGCCACACAGAACACGGACCUCAGCCAAUCAGUGGAGGAACUGGAGACGCUCCUAAAGGAGAAAGAGGAGGAGAUCCACUUGCUGAGAAGCCAGAAAAGUGAUGUAAACGAGAUCGAGAGCGACCGGGAAGAGGCUUUGCUCAGGCUCCAGGCUGUGGAGAGGAGGAACGUUGAGCUGGAGCAGCAGUUGCGGGAGGCUGAGGAGACUCUGGGGGAGAGGCUGGGGGAGGGGGAGCGGGUGCGGGCAGAUGCCCACCGCCUGCUGGAGAUCCUCGACAUCAAACUGUACGAACUCAACGACCUGAGGCAAAACCUGGCCAAGCUGGCUGAGAGAGACCCCAAAUCCUGAGCAGCCACCAACCCAACCCAACUCACACCUCAACUUUCCACCCUAACAUCCAUCUCCAACCCCAAUGUCACCCAACCUCCAUCCCCUAAAUCCACUCCCAAACCUCAACUCCCCCCAAACUUCCACCUCAACCCCAACCCCACCCAAA